AUGCAUUAUUCCCUUAUUGCUCUAAUGGGCAACGAUUAAUAAUUAAAGGACUCAAUCUAUUAAUUAUACUCAGGAAUGGCCUCUUAAGACUAGUAGAUUCCUAUACCUUAUUCAUAUUCAGUCCUGAAUACUAUACAAUAACAUAAAUCCAUUUAAUAUAACAUACUUAAUACUCCAAGUACUAUUAAAAAAGAUGAGUUAAUUUCUAUGUGGAAUAAUAUGAUAUAAAUUUGUAAAUUGGAAAAUUUUGAAAAUUGUAUCAUUUUCUACUGUUUUACAGAUGUUCAAAAUGAUAUAAUUCCAUUAUUGAAUGAUGUACAUAUUGAAAUGGGUUGUCAAAUUAAUUAGAAUAAUAUUCUGCUAUUGACAUAAUAUUAGACUCUAAAUGAUUACGUUAAAAAGCAAGAAAAGAACAAUAAUUAUAAAAUUAUUCUUCUGGAUCGAUAUCAAUUGAAAAAUAUAUUUCCAUUACUUAAGGAAAAAAAAUAGUUAAAUGUGACAAAUAUCAAACCUAGAAUUUAUUAAGGGAACAAUUUAAAAGAGAUUGCAGAUAAUAAAUUCAACAUUAUUUUUACAAAAUGGAAGGAAAUUAUUACAAAAAGUAAAACCUAAGCUGAAUUUCUUAAAAACAUACUUUUAGAAUAAUCGAUUUCUCAAAUUUCAGAUAAAUUACAAGUGGAAUCCCAAUCUCAAGUUUAGAUAUUUAAUUUGGCUGUUAAUAUAAGGCAAAUGUUAGAAGAAAGAAAAAAAGAUUUUAUUGAUAAUUUAAUGCCGAAGUCUUUGAAGUUCUCUUCCUUUAGAUAUUGCUCAAAUUAAAAGUGUAAGUGGUUGUUUUCUUACAAUUCUUCAAAUCAAUUAGAGCAUCUACAUCAAAUUGAAAUUCACCUUGAUAACCCUUCAUUUUAGAAUUAUUAUUGUCUAGCAUGCAAUAAUAAGAUAUGCUAUAUAACUUUUUCCUAAAUAAUAAAUGACUGUUUCUAAGAGUUUUCAUUUAGAAUAAUUAAUGAAGUAACUUAAAAUUCUUAGCAAAAAGAUUCAACAGAAAUACUUGAAAAAAUAUUAUAAAUUAUGCUUUUAUCCAAUGAGGAAGAAGUAAAAACAACAAUUUUUAACAUUAUCUAAUAAAAUUAUUCAACAAAUGAGCGAUAAAGCAGUUAGUUUGUUCAAAGUUCAAUAAUCAACAAUAAAUAUCGUUUCCACAAUGCUCCUCUAUUUAAUUUCAUUCAAGAUAGUGAAAAUACUAUAACCUAAUUUAAAGAUUACUUCUACAAAAAUGAAAUUCAUUUUUUUUUAAUUUUAGUGAAAUUUGAAAGAACUGAUAUGAUGAUUCAAAAAAUUACAAACAUGAUAAAGAAAUUUCAUCGUCUAAAUAGACAAAGAAUGGUAUUAAUUAUUAAUUAAUGUCAAUAUGAUGAGGAGCAAUUUGCAGAGAUAAAAUAGAAAUUUGCUCAUUUUAGCUUUAAAAAUAUUUUAUUUUUACAUAAGUCUGAUUGUACUGAAGAUAUAUGUAAAAAUAUCUUCUAAAAUUUGGAAAAUAUUUCUUUAGAAAAAUUUGAUUUUACUGACUCAGUUUUUGAAUAAGAAAAUGAUAAUAGUUUUCAAUAAUUAUAAAAGCAAAAUCUGAUAAACCUAAGCAGACAAAUUGAUGCAGAAUAAUAAAAUAAUUUUCGAAUAUAAUUGGAGUAAGAUAAAGAAUAUUUAGAAAAACUACAAAUGGAAAUUAAAAUAUUGUAAGAGACACUGUAAUAGAAAAAAACAGAACAAAACAAUCUAUUAUAUAAAUAUCAAUAAGAUUCAUAAAAAUUAAAGGCGUGGGAGAAAUAGGGUAUAUUAGUUAAGUUUUGA